AUGCCUGAGGAAGUGGCAUACAAGCCACUCCGCCUGGGAUCCAAAGCCCCCAACUUCCAAGCCGACACCACCAUCGGUCGUAUCGACUUCUAUGAGUGGAUAGGCAACGACUGGGUCAUCCUCUUCUCCCACCCGGAAGACUACACCCCCGUUUGCACCACCGAACUGGCAGACCUGGCCAAACACCAGUCCGAUUUCGCCAAGCGCGGCGUCAAGCUGAUCGGCCUGUCAGCCAAUUCGAUCGAGUCGCACGAUGGUUGGAUCAACGACAUCACCGAGCUCGCCGGCUGUUCGUUGACGUUCCCUGUCAUUGGGGAUGAGGAUCGCAGGAUCGCCCAUACUUAUGAUAUGCUCGACCACCAAGACACCACCAACGUCGACGCCCGCGGCAUCGCCUACACGAUCCGCUCCGUUUUCAUCAUCGAUCCCAAUAAGGUCAUCCGCCUCAUCCAAGCCUAUCCGGCCUCCACAGGCCGGAGCACCACUGAGCUGCUCCGUGUCGUGGAUUCCCUGCUUGCCGCCGACAAGUACUGCGUCAACACUCCCGCCAACUGGGAGCCCGGUGAUGAUGUAGUCGUUCCCGCGGGUGUCGCCGACGAGGAGGCGCAGGUCAAGUUUCCAAAUAUGCAAACUGUGAAGCCGUAUUUGCGGUUCACACCGUUGGCUAAGGAGCAUAUUGUUCCGCAUUAG